GAUUGGCUGAAGCGCGCCUCUGGUUUCCGGGGCCGCUCUGUUUUUAUUAUUGCUUUAUCGUUUCUGUUUGGUGACACUGGAUCAUCUGCGCUCUGCUCGCGUCAUGGCGCUUUUCUGGCUCACCGCAGCGCUGCUCACGGUCCUCCUCAGCCCGGGUUCCUCCAGGAUGGUCCCAGGUCUCACAGCCCUCAGACCCAAACACCAGUCCACAGACAUGUGCUCUGAGUGCAGUGGCCUUCUGCUUCUGUCCACCAACAUGAUCUCCAGCUCCAGCACCAAGACGGCGAUGUAUGACGCCCUGCUCGCUCUCUGUGGGCGGCUCCCUCCUGUCCAGGCCUCAAUGUGUCAGAAGCAGGUGGACACUCAUCUGGCCUCUGUUCUGCAGCAGAGCCAGAGCCCUGAUAAAUCGUGUGGACUCUUCGGCCUGUGUGCUGACACCAAAGAAGUACCUGACCUCAGUGAAAGCAGAAGUGAGAAGGAGCAGUUCAGUCCUGUGUGCACACUGUGUGUGAUGGUCGUGAAGAAGCUGGAGGCUCUGCUGCCCAAGAACAUGACUGAGGACGCCAUCCGCAGCCUGCUGGCAGAUGUGUGCGCUCUCAUGCCCAAGUCCUAUGAGCAGCAGUGUGAGGACUUUGUGGACAAGUACGGAGACGACAUCGUGGAGUUCCUCCUCUCCUCCGCCGCUCCUCACACCAUCUGCACUCUGCUCCACCUGUGCUUGCUCAACGACACGCCGGCACCACAAGCCUCAUUACCAUCAGACUGUGACUCCUGUCGCACCCUGUCAGUCCUGAGUCGGGUUCACCAGGGUCUGAACCAGGAUCUGAACCAGACUGAGGCCCAGAGGGAGGCCUUCCUCUGGUCUGUGUGUGACCUGUACCCCCGCGCCAUCCCCAAGUGUGAAGCUUUCAUCAGAGUGUACAGUUCUGAGCUGCUCCGGGUCCUGGGGCCUCAGCAGGACCACUCUGACCCCUGUGAGAGAGCAGAGCUGUGCGUGUCCAGGAAGGAGACUCCUCUUCUGGGGCAGAGGCGCUGCACGUGGGGCCCCAGCUACUGGUGCAGAGACAUGCAGACAGCCCAGGAGUGCGGGAACCAGGCCUUCUGUAAGAAAUUUGUUUGGAAGUAGAUCACCUGCUGUUCACGCCCUGUUACUGCUUCUCCUGACUAUUGCACUGAAGGUUCUGCUGAUUUUGUUUUAUAAUGACAAAUAUUCACAUCAUGUCUGUUUUACUGUGUGUGCUUCAGCCUACAACAGUGCUGUCACUAGUCAAAUGAAUGUCACUGCAUGUUCUCUCUGUUACAAUUACACACCACUAAUACGCUGGGCUCACUGUGUACAGCUUGAAGAUCAAAUUUUACAUUUUGGGGGAAGGCUUAUUUAUUUACAGCCAGUAACUUUUGAAAAUCUGAAUAAGAAUAAUGCAAAAUAACAAAACAAUACACAAACCUGAUUAGGGAGUGGGUCUAUAGACUUCACAUAUUCAACUUCUCCUUUUCAAAUGACAAAAAUGUGCUGAAAGAGGACACUUUGACCUUAAUUGCCUUUUUCCUGACAAAGAUGCUGAACUUUUUCUCAGUUUUUUGAAGAUAACUCAGUGCUACAGAGAUAUUAAAGACCCUAUAUUACACUAAAUGGACUCUUAUGAACGUUUAGUCAUGUUGGAAUGUAGCUACCUCCACAGAAACAGAUCUGGAGUUGUGUUUAGUUUCAUUCACGCGAUUGAAUAACUCUGCUUCUCGAAAGCUCAAAACACUCUGUCACACCUCGUGUUAACUUGAAAAUUGCCACUUUAUGAUAACAGCUACCUUUGACCUGUAGUUCAGUAGAGAUUAGAACUUGACGAUUCUAGUGACGGUGUUUGGAAGUUUUAAAACACAGUGGAGCACUUCAUGUAUUACCACCUAAGAUCAGUGUUUUCUGUUUGAGAGAAGAAAUCAGCUUCACUGUGAAUGAAACAAAACACAACUCCAGGUCUGUUUGUGACGAGGAAACAUUAUAACAACAUAAUAUGGGCCCUUUAACUAUAAACCAGGUGAAAACAUAUAUUUAAACAAUUCUGCUGUAGAUUUUCACCUGUUGCAUGGCACAAUUUUACUAUAAACUUAGAAUAUUUAGUCAUGUGAACCCAAGCGAUACAAUGAUAAAGAAACACAACACAGAUUAAUCGAUUUGUUGUUUUAUUAAGAAACACAUUAUUCCAGAUAUAACAGUGAAAAAUAUGAAAAUGUACACGUUUGCUGUACUAUGCUUAUGAAAUAAACUACUCCCUCUCCUCUG